UACAAGAAUAUACUUCAAGAUUCAGAAACAUAUUUGAACAAGUAGAAAGUAUAGAUGAAGCCAACAAGAGCCUUUAUUUUACAAAAAGAUUAAAACCAGCCACCAAGACAAAAGUUAAUUACCGGUUACCUGAUAAUCUAGAAGAUAUGAUUUGCUUGGCAACAAUAUAUGAUACUGUGAUGUAUAGCGUUGAAGAAGCAGGAUAUCAAGUUUCAGAUGAAUUCAAAAAUCAUAGUUCAAGAAUAAGUACUUCAGAGAACAUAGAG